AUGAACGACAAUCCUACUACAUCAGCAAACCCGUUAACUGUGGGCUUGGAUGAACUUGCUUCUUACCUCGAAGGAAGCACUCUUCUCGUCCUAGCGUACGCUGAUACUUUCGAGAGCAAGUAUGCGCGUCCGGCAUUAGACAAAAUUUCCAGAUAUCUUCAGGGUCAGCCGUUGACAACAACAUGGAUCACGACGACUCUGACCCUCUUCGCUGUUAUGAGUAUCAUACCGGUAUUGUCGUUCAUAGGCCUAUCCGUCUUCGCACUUUGCAGCUCCGUGUGUGUUGCUCUUACGUUCGGAUUCGCGGUUGUCGUCGCAUUGGAAAUCAUGUUCGCCACAGUUCUCCUCUUGGUACUAGGAGGACUACUAUUCUUCUCUUUCGCCUGCACCACAUUCUGCGCGAUGGCAUACCUUACCUUCCGUCUCGGCCAACACCUCCAAACACAGGGCCGCUUUGGAAUCGCAGGAUGGGCCGAGGAAACAAGACAACACUUCACUUCUGUCAGCGUGAAACCUGAAGACAACGACGAUUCGGAUGGGUCUGGUGUCCUCAUUGCACAUGAGGCCAACGAUCAAGUAAAACCAGAAAACAGCUCUCCUUCUCCCUCGUGCUCCUUGAUAGUACCCUCCGGCUCGACUUGA